UGCGCCGCACUGCGCAUGAGCGGGAGGCGGCGGAAGGGCCCGUGAGGAGCCGGGAUCCGCCGCCGCCGCCGGAGGAAGCCGUUGCCGCCGCCGCCCUCAGUCUCUGCCUGAGCCGGGAGGGAAGAGGCCUGCACAGCCCUCAACAUGAACAAGUUGAAAUCAUCACAGAAGGAUAAAGUGCGUCAGUUUAUGGUCUUCACACAAUCUAGUGAAAAGACAGCAGUGAGUUGUCUGUCUCAAAAUGACUGGAAGUUAGACGUUGCAACAGACAACUUUUUCCAAAAUCCUGAACUUUAUAUACGAGAGAGCGUUAAAGGAUCAUUGGACAGAAAGAAGUUAGAACAGCUAUAUAACAGAUACAAAGAUCCUCAAGACGAAAAUAAAAUUGGUAUAGAUGGUAUACAGCAGUUUUGUGAUGAUCUAGCUCUUGACCCAGCCAGCAUUACUGUCCUCAUUAUUGCAUGGAAAUUCCGAGCUGCAACACAGUGUGAAUUUUCAAAGCUGGAAUUCAUGGAUGGAAUGACUGAGCUAGGAUGUGACAGCAUAGAAAAACUGAAGGCCCAGAUUCCUAAAAUGGAACAAGAAUUAAAAGAGCCAGGAAGAUUUAAGGAUUUUUAUCAGUUUACUUUCAACUUCGCAAAGAAUCCGGGACAGAAAGGUUUAGAUUUAGAAAUGGCCAUUGCCUACUGGAAUUUAGUACUUAAUGGAAGAUUUAAAUUUCUAGACUUGUGGAACAAAUUUUUGUUGGAACAUCAUAAAAGAUCGAUUCCUAAGGAUACCUGGAACCUUCUUCUAGACUUUAGUACAAUGAUAGCAGAUGAUAUGUCUAACUAUGAUGAAGAAGGGGCAUGGCCAGUUCUUAUUGAUGACUUUGUGGAAUUUGCACGCCCUCAAAUUGCUGGGACAAAAAGUACGACAGUGUAGCACUAAAGGACGCUUCUAGAGUGUACAUAGUCUGUACAAAUACCUGAAAUGGAAAAUUGCACAGUCAAUUUCUGCUGGCUGGACUGAACUGAAGAUCAAUCCUCACGAUAUGGCUGAGGGUUGAGACAAACCUCUAAGGAUACAUCUUGGACCAUAUCAUGUUUCAUUCUUCUACUGGUGGUUUGGGCUUUUCUUCUAGUCUGGACCACUCUUGCCAGUUAAAGUUCCAACAUUGUGGAUUUCAUCAUGGAUUUUUUUUUUUAACUUUUUUUUUUUUUUUUGGUGGACCACCCUAGUUUCAUCUCCCAUAAGUCCUAGAAGCUUUAUAAUUAUUUUGAGGUUUCUGGUUUCACAUAAAGCACAAUGCUGGGUCGUCAUCAGACAUCUGAAUUAUACAGAUCAACAGCAAAACAAUUUUUAAAAGAAUCCUUAAAUAUACACUUGGGGCUAGUUGCAAAGACUGUGUUGAUAGCACUUCCUGUAAGAGUGAUAUAUUUAAGUGUACUGGGUCCGAUUUUUUUUUUUCUUUUUUUUUCCUGGAAAAGUACAGGUAUCGUAUAAGUGAGUUUGAGUAUCUGGUAAAAACAGUUACAGAAAUAACCAAGAGAGCGCGAGGUGGUUGAUGCUGGGGUGUCCGGGUGCCGGUCGGAGUGGUGUGAGCGUACGUCAGCUGCCUGCGGGGACGGUUGAAGCGCGACACGACUCCUGCGCGCCGACAGCACCGUCGUCGGUGUUCUCCUCGGCCUUCGGUGAGCGUCGCGGCGAUGAGCUGCGUGCGUCAGGAGAGAACCCAACGCUCCCCAGGCUACUGUCUAAGAAAUCGGAUUUCGUUAUGGUUUUGAAAUGCUUCUCUGGCUGUCAAAGAGAGGUUUUUCAUUUCUGUGGAAACCUGAAACUUGAAUAUACUGAAUUGGUGUCUUAAAUGUUUGCUACACGAUACAGUAUUUUAAAUUGAGACGUGGAAUUUUUAUGGUUGAGGUCUGACGAAACAAAUGGCCCUGUUGUACAAGAAGCUGGCGAGUUUGAUGUGAAUCUAGGUUUUGAAACCAUUAUCCUGAGAAGUAAGGUAAACCUUUAUAACACAUAGGUACUGCCGUUAUGGGUGACACCCCAUUUUACUUAUUUUGUGGAGUUUUCCUUAAAUUGACAUAUCACUGUGGUUGCCAAAUACAGAAAUUAAGAGUAAAGCUUUCCCAAACAAGCACAGAUCAGAUAUAAGAUACUACACUGGCUUUAUUUGCUUAAAUUAUUUUGUUGAUCCAUCACUACUACUUAUUGUCGUACUGCAUUUAACGGAAUUGUUUGUUUUGUGCAAAACAGGUUUUAUCAGACACAAUUAUUCUUUAUUUUUAAUAUCGCAAGAGCUCUUGAGCUGCUUUUGUGCUAAACAUGGUCUUUUACUCCUCACUUUGUUACUUGUGGAGAGAUUUGAUAAAUUCUCCGCUGUAAAACAAGCCGGAAAGCAGCAGCGCCGGCAGCAGAGACAGUAGUUACAAGGACGGACAGAGAUUAGGUCCGUGCUCUAAAUAGUCCCAUGAUAAGGCCAGAAUUAUUUUUGAAGUGAGUAAUCGGCGCUUGCACUAAACAGCAGAACACUUUUAUGCAGAUGCUAAAAAGUAUUUUAGGAAAAAAUUGACUGUUAAACUGCUAAAACGUUUUAUUUGUAUUCUCGGAAGUUGAGCGUGAGGCCGGCUCCUCUGCUGCCGGCGCGCUCGUAAGAAAAGCCAGUCGUGCGUUCCUUCAGCCCUCCUCCGGCGCCUGCAGUUGGCCAGGCAGAGAAGUGUGUUUUGCUGCUUUCAGUAUUUCCUCUCUCAAUUUCGUGUAAAUAUAAAGGGGGAUGUGACCUGGCGGGGGCGGGUGCUGGUGUCUGGGGGGGUCCGGGCUCGGUGCCAGGGUGCGGGGUCGGGCCAGGACUCGCCCGCGUCACCCCGGCCAGGCUCAGCCUCGGGCAGCGGCCGCCCCCGCGCCUUUCGAGGGCGAUUCCUUUCGAGUGCGAGAUCUCGUCGACAAAAUAGUGUUGUCAUCAGUUUGGUACUACACGCUUAUAAUUACUGUGUAAUUAUAAAGAAAUACAUAAAACUUUUGAGUAAUUUUGUUGCAGAAAAGGGUUAUUUGUGCUAUGAUGGCAUCUUAAAAAGUUUUUCAAAACGAGUGACUGAAGUUGAAAGAAACACUGAUUUAACAGGGUGUUGUUCUAGGGACAAAAUGCCUGGUUACAGGGAAUAUUUUGUAUUGAAACGUGCUCGGAUGUGGCCAUGUGUUUUUUCCUUUAUAUAUUUGUGUGGUUUUUCUUUUUUUUUCUUUUUUUUUU